CGGAAGCCCGAAGCGCGCAGCUGCUGCUGCUGUUGCCCUCGGCGUGUGUACUCGCACGCGAGAAUGCAAAUAGCCCUUUAUAAAUUCGCUCAGAUUAAUUCUCACAUGCUCUGAGUCAAUUUCGCUUUCAUAAUUUCGUCCGGACUAUAUGCGCUGGAAGUAUGUGCGGGGGCACAGCUGGCGCACAGCUCUCGGAGUUGAUUAGUGAAUCGAGAGCCUCGGAGUGUAUGGAGUAUAUGGUUACCGUAAUCCGAUCCGAGCGCACAACAACGAAUCAGCGAAAAAUCAGCGGAAAGGCAUCUUUAUCCGUGAAUAUAGGAGCAGCAAUAACAGCCUCCAUUCAUGCCUGCAGUAGCGCAGAAAUUCAAGAUCAACAAGGUGCAGGCGCACAUUUACCAGGCGUUUCUCCAGCGAAUGACGAAUCCCACGCUGCGAUAACACGCGCACACAUGCGUCGGCCUCUGAUACGAUCAACGAGUCUCGCAAAACUCUCCCUUGGCAGUGUACAGCCGAGAUAUGCAGUCAGUGUGAGAGAGUCAGAUCAAUAUGCGCCGAAUCAGUCCUCGCCGGCGGCUCCCGCAAUUACUCCGGCUGCUGCUAUUCAUCGGGAUUUCUUCGGCUACACCAGACGCCGCCGCCAAUUACACCCUCGGCGAGUCCUACCGGGCACAAAGCCUCUCGACAUCGAUUUCCUCACCUUGGCCGCCGCCCUCGACUCGAGUGCGGAACAUCAAAGGGGCCGUUCCAGCGAAGACGAAGAGCACCGGAGACGUUACUUCGCGCCGGCUCCUCGUCCUCGUUGCUGAUGGAGACACCGGUGUGACCGCAGACGGUCUCGAGGAAAUUGGGAAGAAAUCCGGGCUCGCCGGCGAUUUUCGGGACUCGAGGGAUUUUAAAGCCGAUGACGCUUUCCGAGCUCCAGAUCUGCGCUCGGCUGAUUUUAAAGCCGACUCUUCUAGCUUCGACAGAGCGAGAACGGCGUUGUUCGAAGUCGAUGCUGGAACUCGGAAAAAGAGGCACGAUUGGUACUUCGCAGCUGUGCCGAACUUCUGGACUUACCAGCCGCAAGGCUACUCGUACUACGGCUUUGGAAUACCUGUGGUAUUGAUUCAGUGGCCCAGUGCGCUUCCGAUGCAAAGGCCUCACCAAGUUCACUCCCCGAAUGAUAGUAGCAGGAUAAAAAGCCGAGUCGACCUCAACGACCUGAAUCACGAAGACGAUAAGAAUUUCAAAGGUAAGAAAAAGUUCGGAGAUGAUUACGAGGAAGAUGAUGAGCAUGACGAGUACGACGAGCACAUCCACGUCGAUGAUGAAAGAGAUUACGAGGAAGACGACGUGGUGAAGAACGAAGAGCCGAAUAAAAUAAGGACUGGGCUGUACAGUGGAGGUACGAAGGCGAGGCCGAUUUUUCCGAGUAAAAAGCCUGAUACUGUGAAGAAGCCCUUGCCUACUCCGAAGAAGCGAAGACCGUUGGAACACUGGUUGCAGCACGUCUUUCCGCCGUGGCCGAAGAAUAGGACUGUUGUCAGUAGAAAUUAACGCCGUCAUUCUGCGUGUGAUUGCGCGAUGAUACAUUGUGUCAGUUAUUUUCACAUUUUAUGCAUUACAUAUAAUAUCAUAAUAUUCCAUCGAGUUUUAUAUUCAUCGUAACCACAUGCAUUGAAUACUGUAAUGUAUAUUAAAAGCAAUUAAUCAUUCGCAAUAAAAACUGUCACGAGAAAUAAAUAAUAUUUUAUAACAAAAAAAUCAAAGCCGCAAUUACGAGUUCAAUCUCUGUUCAAUCUUCGAUAAUAGAGAAAGCAAAACCACGAUGGUUGUAAGGGCUUUCAAUCCAGUGUGAUCGUAAAAUUUCAUUUUACCGCCGAGAGCAGCGGGAUCACAUGUGACGCAGAAAUAAAAGUUAUAAAAGAGAAAGUCUGUAAAAAUUAAAUUUAUAAUAAAACGAAAGCACGAAAGAGGAUUGCACAUACUUAUACACUCAAAGUUUUUUUAUCUAUUACUUAAUACUUUAUUAACAAAUACACUCUUCUGCGCCUAUGUACAAUGUGACAAGUCUGCAAACUUAACAAUUUCUUGUUAUACUUUACUACUUCAUUAUUAUAUUUCUUACAGAUAGGCUUGUUUCUCUCUGCUACGACUACUGUAGUUUGUACGCAAGUCGUUAAUUUCUUUUACUGAUCUCUCUUUCUCUCUCUUCCUCUCGCAGUCCUGUGUAUAAAACCGACGAUAAAAUCCCCCUUCCUUCUAAAGUGCAGCAUGUUCAUCUGACAUUGCACCCAGUUUUCAGCAAUUACAAAAAGAAAAUAUACAACUUCUGCGUACGACGAAAUACACCGCGACGAGUCGUAUAAAAAAAAAAAUAAAAGAACGCGUAACAUAGAAUUCCAAUUUCUCCCAAAGUGUACCGUUAAAAGAUACCUCGUAUACGAAUUUCACUACGAUCAUAAUAAGACGAACUAAAUUACGCUUGUAAAAAGUACAAAAUUAGAGAGAAAGCUACGUCGAUUAUAGGUUUGAUUUUCAAGUCUCGCCGUUGAUAAACAAAAAGUUCCACCCUUCAUCUUUUUUUUUCGUUUUCAGUCAAGGUAUCAAUGGAACAUUGCUAUAUCCCAGUAGAUAAAUCUUCCACCGCGGACUGCUAGACG